CUGUGCUUCUCUCUUCUUCUCCAGCACGCUUUUGUUUCUGAUCUCUCCAGUAGACGGAGGCGCCGCUGCGGAGAGACCGGCGUCAAUCUGCGCGUCUCUGCUGUGUCCGUUCCUCCGCGGAUGUGCCCGGUGCUUGUCAUUGCUUUACCGUCAGAAACUGUUCGAGAGCAAUUGCAGCUUCUUUUGUGGAGUUCAAUUAAUUUCAUGUGACAGAAGUUCCAGCAGACUCGGAUCGGAUCGGCUCUUUCUCUGCCAGAGGCACCGGAGCAUCCGCACAUCGGUUCGGUUCUCAGCUGAUCUUCAUCCGUUCAGCCGGUGUGGACUCAUACUCUCAGCUCUGACAACUUGAAGAACUCCAGGAUGGUGUGUGUCGGUGCUGCUGGGCUGCAGGUUCUUGCUGUUCUGCUUGUGUUCUCAGCAGAAUGUGGGCUGACUCGAGCCGAGACUCCGGCGAUGGUCCGGAGAGUGACCCGUCCUCCCCUGCGGCGCUCGUUAUCCGGCUCUGCUCUGCUCCCGUGUGUGUUCACCCUGCCAGCCGCCCUGCUCCCGGGACACGGCCCCUUCAUCCGCUGGAGCCGUGGCUCCGGAGCACAGGAGCGGACGGUGCUGUCGGCCCGGGACAGGGUGAUCAGGGUGCACCAGGCGUAUGCGGGUCGGGUCAGUCUGCCCGGAUACUCGGCCGACCCGCUCAACGCCUCGCUGUCACUUUCCCAGCUCCGCUCCAACGACUCGGGGAGCUUCCGGUGCCAUGUCGCUCUGGGAGAAAAUUACGAGCAGGAUACGGUCAACCUGGAGGUCACAGGUGUGGUGUUUCACUACCGUUCUCCCGCGGAGCGUUAUUCGCUGUCGUUCGCCGAGGCCGUUCGUGCGUGUGAGGAGAACUCGGCUGAGGUCGCGACCCCUGAGCAGCUGUGGGCGGCGUUUCACUCCGGCAUGAACAACUGUGCGGCCGGAUGGCUCAGAGACCAGAGCGUCAGGUAUCCCAUACAGAGACCCGAGCUCGGCUGCUAUGGACACGCAGAGUUUUCUCCUGGAGUGAGGAAUUAUGGGAAACGGGACCCUUCGGAACUGUUUGAUGUUUACUGUUUCGCCAAUGACAUGCAAGGUGAAGUGUUUCCCGCCGGUGUUCCUGACAGACUGACUCGUCCGGAGGCCGUGGCUCACUGUGCGGCUCUGGGCGGCCGGCUAGCGAACGUGGGUCAGCUCUAUCUGGCCUGGAGCUCUGGGCUGGAGCACUGCGAGCCGGCCUGGCUGUCUGACGGCAGCGUGAGGUUUUCCAUCAGCUCGCUGCACUCGGACUGUCCCGCUGGAGGACCUGGCGUCCGAACCGUUUCACCGUCAGAACUGAACAAUGGGACAGGGCGCUUUGAUGCUUUCUGCUAUAGAGAAAAGAAAGCGCAGGAGACUCUCACAGGCAUCAUGAAGUCCUUACUGAGACCGUGGAGGUACAUGACCAGAGACGACAGUUCAGAGGACGCGUCCGAAUCGUUUUUCUCCAGCAGCGACGCACAGACUGCCGGCCAGCCGGACCUGCCUGACCUUCAACCCGCUAACUGGACCGGACAGGUGGAUCUGGACAAAGAGCCGCUGAUGGCUGCUGAGGGCGCCGAGCUCUCGGCUGAGUAUCUGACAGUCCGUCUGCGAGCCGGAGACACAUCUCUGGACUGGAGCAGCCAGCUGGACUCCUUCCCAGACAGCCGACAGGUGCUUCCGGAUCUGAGUCCUGGCGGCUCUGCCCGAGAGGAAGAGGACGAGGACGAAGGUCUGUCCGGUCAAUCCGUGAGUCCUGCGGCUCCUUCAGAGGCUCCUCAAGAAAAGGCCAAGGGUUCCCUCACCAACAUCGUCAGCUCGUUAUGGAAACCCUGGAGCUACUUGACUGGAAGUGAAGCGGAGGCGACGACCAAGAGCACGGCUGCGACGGAGACGCCCGCAACGGACGGCAGAACCACUGCUACGCCUGGAUCAGGACUGAUGUCAUGGUGGAGCCGCUCGUGGCUGCCCAGUCCUUCAACCGUCACUGAUAAAUUAAUCACCUCCUUUCCGCGCACGAGUUCAGUCGUACCGACGACAGUCCCACCAAACGCCACAACAGACGGACCAAGAGACAAUCAGACCAGUCGACCCGCACAGGACGGUCCGGCGACGGCGGCCUAUUGGAUCGUAGUGACCGAAAUACCCGAGCAGAAAACCCAAACCCCUGAACCCAAAGUCUCCGUCUCGACUGAGAACUUCUCCGGAGAGAGUCGAGUGCUGGAGACGGAGGGCAGCUCGUGGGGCGACACAUACCCAUCAUCCCAAACACCGCUGACGGUGGAGACGACGAGCACAGGUUCCUUCUCCACUUCUGCACACGAACUCGAGGCUCGCGGAGAAAUCCAGUACAGACGCAGAAACAAACCCAAGAGACUCAACCAGAGCACCACUGAGACGACCAUGAGUGGCGCCCAGAGCAUAACGACUUCCUCCGCUGCGAUGUCUAGCACUGGAGACACUGUGACGACCCUCUCGACGUCUGCAGACCAGACUCAGACAUCAAGCUUCGUCACGACGGUCCCCAGCGGCGUAGAGCAGGAUCUGAGCAGCGCCGAGGCCGUAUGGAAGAACAGCUCCACUGGAGAAGAAGUGGACGACAGAUGCAGCUGUCUGCACGGAGGGACGUGUCUUCCUCACGGAGAGGGUUUCCGCUGCUUCUGUCCGCAGGGUUACGCAGGAGAGAGCUGCGAAAUCGUGUUUGCAGUGAUGUGUGGCACUCCGCCUGCCGUCGAUAACGCCUCUCUAGUGGGCCGCAGACGCUCACACUACGACAUCCACGCGGUGGUUCGGUACCAGUGCGCCGACGGCUUCUUCCAGAGACACAUCCCGACUGUCCGCUGCCGACCCACCGGGACCUGGGAAAGACCCAAGAUCAUCUGCACUAAAUCACGGCGAUCUCACCGUUACCGUCGGCAACACCACAGAUCUCGGCGCGAGCAUCGACGACACCGGAGACAUGGAUCGGGGCACAGGGGGCGGGAUUAAACCAGAGGGGCGGGGCUAAACGCAGGGGUCGUGACCUCUGUUCCUGUGUUUCCAUGUCAGAGGAAACGCAGCAGACGGAAAGGACAGAAAUAAUCGUUCUUUUUUACCGCUGUUAUUUAGGUUUCACUAACCCUCUGUUCACUUCUUCAUUAGAAAAUGUUUUUUAUUGGUUAUUUCACACAGAUGGAUGGUGACUCUUCAUCUUCAUAGAAUAGUUGUAUUAAUUUGUUCACGCAGCAGGUGAAGGCUCUGGUAUCUCAUGCUCAUGUUUGUUAUGCUUUAGAUAUUUUGGAUGUAAUGCUUUAAUGAAAUACUAAAUGACCAAACUGCCCCAAAUGAUUCAUAUUCAUGAAAUAAGACACUCUUCAAGCCUUUGAAUGGCACAAUAAUGAAUUCUUUUUUACCCAUGAGGCUUUACUUUGUCUUCGUUUUGAGUGUUUGCUGAUGAUUUGGUUUCAGUUGCAACUCUUUAACUCUAAAUGUUGGACUAGAAUCGUAGUGAAACCCCUUACGUUCAUAAAUGAGUGAAUUUCAUGAAGAAAAGCAACUUUCAGCUCACAUUUCAGACCAAAAUG